CGGUCACUACGGCUAUUUGCUCUGCUAUAAGACAUGGAGUGAAGGACGACGACGAGCUGUAUCCGGACCAUCCGAACCAAACCAGACAACCGGCAUCAUGUUCACCCCGACGCGUGCGCUGCAAGUGUUGGCCUUUGCUGCGACAGGAGCAUACGCCCAAUACGUGUUCCCGGACUGCACCAGUGGACGGUUGAGCAAUGAGACCAUCUGCGAUCCUUCGGCGGCCCCACUAGCUCGUGCGAGAAACCUAGUAUCUCUCUACACCCUUGAGGAGAAGAUCAAUGCUACAAGCAGUGGCUCGCCAGGCGUUGCUCGUCUUGGUAUACCACCUUACCAGUGGUGGAACGAGGGUCUUCAUGGCAUUGCUGGCCCUUACACCAACUUCAGCGAUGAGGGAGAGUUUAGCUACUCCACCUCGUUCCCCCAGCCCAUCUUGAUGGGUGCGGCUUUCGACGAUGAACUCAUCACCGAAGUUGCAAAGGUCAUCUCGACCGAAGCGCGUGCCUUCAACAACGCGAACAGGACUGGUCUUGACUUCUGGACACCCAACAUCAACCCCUUCCGCGACCCUCGCUGGGGACGUGGACAGGAGACACCCGGUGAAGACUCCUACCAUCUUUCUUCCUACGUCCAGGCCUUGAUCCACGGGCUUCAGGGUGACGCGUCUGAUCCGUUCAAGCGUGUUGUUGCCACCUGCAAGCACUUUGCAGGUUAUGACGUUGAGGACUGGAAUGGAAACCUUCGCUACCAGAACGACGUGGAGAUCUCUCAGCAGGAUCUUGUUGAGUACUACCUUGUUCCAUUCCAGGCCUGUGUUCAAGCCAACGUGGGUGCUUUUAUGUGCAGCUACAACGCGGUAAACGGUGCACCACCAUGUGCCGACCCUUACUUGCUGCAGACUAUUCUCCGUGAGCACUGGGGUUGGACCAAUGAGGAGCAAUGGGUUACGUCCGACUGUGAUGCUGUUCAGAACGUUUACCUCCCCCACCAGUGGUCAUCAUCUCGUGGAGGCGCUGCUUACGACUCCCUGAAGGCCGGUACCGAUCUCACGUGCGGCACUUACAUGCAGGAGCACCUCCCUGCUGCCGUCCAGCAAGGUCUGCUCGACGAAGCUGUCCUUGAUCAGGCCCUUGUCCGUCAGUACUCUUCGCUCGUUCGUCUUGGAUACUUCGACUCUGCCGACAAGCAGCCAUACCGCCAGCUCGGUUUCGACGCAGUCGCCACCAAUGCUUCGCAGGCACUUGCGCGUAGAGCCGCUGCCGAGGGUAUCGUUCUGCUGAAGAAUGACGGUACGCUGCCGCUCUCUGUUGAUUCGUCUAUGUCAAUCGGUCUUUUCGGUGACUGGGCGAACGCAACCGAUCAGCUCCUUGGUAACUACGCCGGUGUUGCUACAUACCUUCACUCUCCUCUGUACGCUCUCGAGCAGCUCAAUGUUACCAUCAACUAUGCUGGUGGAAACCCCGGUGGCCAGGGCGACCCAACGACCAACCGUUGGUCCAACCUCUAUGGCGCGUAUUCUACCAGCGAUGUCCUAAUGUACGUCGGUGGCAUUGACAACAGUGUCGAGGCGGAAGAUGACGAUCGUACUUAUCUUACAUGGACUGGAGCUCAGCUUGAUGUUAUCAGCCUACUUGCCGACACCGGAAAGCCAGUCAUCGUUGUGGUCACUGGAGGAGGCCAAAUCGACAACACUCCUCUCGUCAACAACCCUAACAUCUCUGCCAUCCUGUGGGCCGGAUACCCCGGUCAGGACGGAGGUUCCGCCAUCAUCGACAUUGUCACCGGAAAGACUGCUCCCGCUGGACGUCUACCUACGACCCAGUAUCCCUCCAACUACAUCGCCCAGGUCUCCAUGAUGGACAUGAACAUGCGUCCCGGUGAGAACAACCCCGGUCGCACCUACAAGUGGUACAAUGGCUCCGCCGUCUAUGAGUUCGGUCACGGUCUGCACUACACGAACUUUUCCGCUGAAGUCACUACCGAGCUACAGCAGAGCUACGCCAUCUCUGCCCUCACGCAGAACUGCAACAGCACCGGAGGUUUCCUCGAGCGUUGCCCCUUCUUAUCUGUCGAUGUCGAGGUCUCCAACGACGGCGAUGUUAGCUCUGACUACGUCACUCUUGGCUACAUUGCUGGAGAGUUUGGUCCUGCUCCCCACCCCAAGAAGUCGCUCGUCUCUUACAAGCGUCUUCACAACAUUGCUGGAGGCUCUUCCGCUACUGCAACUCUCAACCUCACUCUCGCGUCUCUUGCUCGCGUUGACGAGAUGGGUAACAAGGUCCUGUACCCCGGUGACUACACCAUGAUGAUCGACAACCAUCCGCUUGCGAGCGUCAACUUUACCUUGACCGGAGAGCAAGCAAUGCUAGACAUGUGGCCUCAGCGUCCUAACCAGACUGCUCAGGGCGUUGAGUACGUUGGUGAUUACUGGUAUGGAGGUUACGGUAGCGAGUAUGGUGCUGAGCCUGCGGACUUCCAGAGCACCAUGUAAAUGAGCUUUCGUAUACCUAUAUAUACAUGAAAUGUAUGUAGCAAUCUAAUAAAUCAUUGCCAUCU